ACACACACACACACACACACACACACACACACACACUCGCUCGCUCACAAAUUGAUCAGAAAGAGACGAAACGGGUUCUACGCUUCCCGUCUCUCUCUCUCUCACUGACUCACACUCUCUCUCUCUGCGAUUGUAAAGGAAGAGACAGGUGUGCGCGGAUCACUUACCUGUAAUUAGGCUACGGCAGGUGUGUCUGUAUUGGUUUACCUGCCUGACUAAUUAGAAGCAAUGAGUGAAGUGCAGGUGACAGCGGACGGUGGAAACAGGUGACGGUAAAGGAAAUUUUUUUUGACACCAAGACGGAUAAUUAAUUAAGUUUAAAAAGGAAAGGAAGGUUUGGGAAAAGAAGUGCACGAGGAAGAAUUGGAAGACUCAAGACUCCUCCGCUGCCUGUGACUCGCCAACUUCAGGAGAUUAUCGUUUUUUUUUUAAGGGGGUCGAGGCGGGCAAUGUCGUCAGUGGUGGAGGGUCAGGGGCGCAAGCCAGCCUGGCAGGGGAACCUCGCCAGCCCCAGCCAGCGGGUAGCGGCUCUCCUACACUCCUCCAAGCUGUCUGACCUCACCAUCACCCUGCCAGGCCUCCAGAACCCUAUCAAGGCUCACCGUCUAAUCCUGGCCAUGAGCUCCCCUGUGUUCGAGGCCAUGCUGUACGGCCCCCUAGCGGAAGGCCCCGAGGUUACCCUGAAGGAGGACCACCCUGAGGCGCUGCAGUGGGUGCUCGAGUACAUGUACCGCGGCCACACCAGACUCCCGGAGGUGGCGCUGACGGUGAAAGUGUACCAACUGGCCAGCAAGUAUCAAAUGGAGGCUCUCAUGACACUGUGCUCUGAGUUCCUGCAGACGACGCUGACGGCCGCUAACCUGCCGGAGAUUUACGAUACUGCCAUGCUGCUGGAGGACACGAGGCUGCUGGAGAGAUGCUCGAAGGUGGUGAAUCACUCCCCUGCCUCUGUGCUCUCCUCGCCACACCUGGGGCGCCUCUCUCGCCCCCGCCCUCACCCACCUGCUGCAGCACCCCCUCCACAUCACCUCGGAGGUCGUGCUGCUGGAGGCGCUGCUGAGAUGGGGCCACGCGCAGGGGACGCGAAAGGAGCUGCGGAAGGAGAUCGAGGAGUUCCUGCCGCAGGUUCGCUUCCUGACGCUGACCACGGACGAGUUCGUGGAGCACGUGAUGCCUGCCGGCGUGCUCACCCUGUCUGAGAUGACGGCGCUGCUGAUGAGCAUCAAGCAGCUGCAGGGCGUCACGCUGCCGCCACUCUGCUGCCCCGAGCGGGAGAAGCGACUCUGCUAUGAUGAAACACUGCUGCGCUCCCAUCACCCUGGCGCCGCGGUCCGUCUCCUCGCGCUCCAGGAAGCAGGCGCGCGGCAGCAACUUUGUGCACGCCAUGAACGAGCAGAUCCUCAUCGCGGACCUGCGCACGGCCACACCCCUGCAGCUGGCGCGCAUCGAGUGCCGCGCCAUCCACCCCACCAGCGGCACGGCCUGCGUCUGCCUCAAGGACAGCGAGGGUAACCUGCUGGCCAGCGUGACGGCAGAGGGGACGGAGGCGCGCUUCUCCGGCCCGGUGACACUCAAGCCCCAGCGCCGCCCACAGCGUCACCGUCAGCCUGGAGGGGCACUGGCCGCGUGGGGAGCUGGGCGAGGCCGCAGCUAUGCAGGACGAGGUGCGGCUCACGGCGCGGGUUGCCUACACUGAGGGGCGCGCCGGCUCCGUCACGCUGUACUUUUGGUCCUUCAAUUGAUGGACGCCACCUCUCAGUUAGGCACCAGGUGUCGCCCUCAGGGAUCGUGGAGUGAUGCAGGACAGCAGACGCAACACAGGAGCAACACAACACGUGCUUGAAGACUAGAAACAUACAAGCAACGAAACACAUGCUUAUAAAACCAGGAACGCCUCAUCAUCACAACACACACACACACACACACACACACACACACACAUGCAGUGCCUUCUUUGUGUGCUUCACUUGCUUGUACAAACACAAAGGACACCCGUCACCCGCCACCUGCCACCCGCCACCUGGCCCUGCCGUCACACCGAUACGUUUCAUCAUAGCCCAGAACAAAAAGAGUCGGUGCACGUCUUGCCUCGCGCCACGCCUCCCCUCCACCGCCCACCUUGCAUCUCUUUGAUCUCAUAAAUAAAUAAAUAUACGUAAA